GAAUUUUCAUCUGACAAAUUUGAUUUUGUUUCCAUUUGUUGGAUUAAUUGUAUGUUCAAUUUUAUUUAAUUUCUUUUGUUUUCCGUAUUUUUGUGAUUCGUUUUAAUUGUUGACAGAAUGGAUAAUGAUGUUAUCAUGGAUACUUCUGAUGUUCCUGCUCCGUUUGACGAAAUUUCUUUGAAACGAAUGAUAUUACAAUUUGAAAGGAAAGUGUUGAAGAAUCAGGAACAUCGAAUAAAAUAUUCUAACGAUGCUCUUAAAUUCAUGGAGACUGAGGUUGAAUUGUUUGAGAUUAUUAAGAAAUUACAAGUAACCAGUACUCAACCAGAGCUUUAUCAUGUUCUAAUUGAGCUUAAAGUUUUGACUACAUUGAUUGGACUGUUGGUUCAUGAGAAUACCGAUAUUUCCUGUGCUGUUGUCUCUCUACUCCAAGAAUUGGGUGAUGUCGAUGAUUCUGAUGAUUAUGAGAAAGUUUCAAUUCUCCUUGAUUCUCUUAUUGAGUCACAAAUUAUUCAGCAACUUGUCUUUAACAUGACAAGACUCGAUGAAAGUGUCAAAGAAGAAUCAGAAGGAGUUUACAAUUCUUUAGCGAUCAUUGAAAAUUUACUCGACUACAAACCUGAGCUUUCCAAAGACUGUCAAUCUUUAUUGUCAUGGCUUCUUCAACGGAUGAAAGCGAAGUUACCAUUCGAUGGUAAUAAAUUGUAUGCGUCGGAAAUAUUAUGUAUUCUGUUGCAAAACAAUGAUGAGAAUCGUAAACAAUUGGGAUCCCUUGGGGGAAUUGAUACUCUUCUUCAACAAAUCGCCUAUUUCAAGCGACAUGAUGUUUCUAGUGCCGAUGAGCGAGAAUAUUUGGAAAAUGUCUUCGAUUGUUUAUGUUCUGCUCUUCUUUGCUGUUCCUCAAAUAGGAAACUUUUCUUUGAUGGUGAAGGUAUCGAACUAAUGAAUUUAAUAUUGAAAGAAAAGAAAAAAGGAACAUCAGGUUCUCUUAGAAUGGGAACUGUCAAAGUACUUAAUCAUCUACUAAGUGAAGACAAAGGACGUGAUAGUGUUUUAGAAGAUUGUUGUAACAAAUUCAUCGAAAUUUUUGGACUCGCUUCGAUUUUCCCCAUUUUCCUCAAGCCGAAAUCCAUAACAUUAGGACAAAAAAAGAAAGAAGCAAAUGUUGUUAUCGACGAUGUAGAAGAACAUUGUUGCUCGAUUAUUCUCGCACUUCUGAAACAUUCCAAGGUGGAAAACAAAAGGAGAGUGUUGAAUAAAUUCCUAGAAAACAACAUGGAGAAAACUGAACGAUUGGUUGAAUUGCACUUUAAAUACGCCGAUAGAUUAAUUCGAUGCGAUUCGUUAAUCAGGAAAGAAAGAGCACAGAAAAUGGCGAAUGAUGAGAAUAUCGAUGAAGAACAGAUUUUUAUUCGAAGAUUAACUGAAGGAGGACUUUUUACUCUUCAAAUAGUCGAGCAAAUAAUUCUAAUCAUUUGCCAAGAACCUUCAAGUAAAAGCGAAAACAAUCAACCAUCAACAAGCACCAGUACGAGUCAUCAACAGCCACAACAACCUAAAGAUCAAUCGAUUAAGGGAACGGUCAUCAAAUUGUUGAAUAUUCAUGCAUCUUCAUCAGUUAAUCACUACAAAUUGAUCAAAAGUGUAAUGAAAGAAAUGGCCGAAGAACAAGAUAACGAUGAAAAAGAACGAAUUUUACAAUUGGUCGAAGAAUUUUGAUGUAAACAAAACUUAAUUGUUAUUCGAGAUAAAGUGAUGAUUUUUUUUUCUAA